CGGUGGAAGGGGUAAAACGACGACGUGGUGGAGGAUGUUGCGAAGGGAUAACAUCACUCACUCCCACCCAAAAGAAUCAAGAAGAGAAGAAAAGCAAAGAGGAAGAAGACACAGAAGGAGAGGUUCAACAUCUUCUUCAUCUAUGGCGACGCCGGAUUCUGACGCUACCACUCAGCCUCAAGAUUCCGACACUGCUCCCAAUUCCAGUCCUCCCAACGCCCUCGUCCCCGCCGCUCCCGCCGUUUGCCUCCUUCGCUUCGCCACCGACUCCGCCGGCGGCGCUCUCAUGGGCUCCGUCUUUGGAUACGGUGCUGGAUUGUUUAAGAAGAAAGGUUUUAAAGGAUCCUUUGUAGAAGCAGGGUCUUAUGCAAAGACAUUUGCAGUUUUGUCUGGAGUUCAUAGUUUGGUUGUUUGCAUCUUGAAAAGGCUUAGAGGAAAAGAUGAUGUCAUUAAUGCGGGUGUUGCUGGAUGUUGCACUGGUCUUGCUCUAAGUUUUCCAGGUGCACCACAAGCUCUUCUGCAGAGCUGUCUCACUUUUGGGGCAUUUUCUUUUAUCAUGGAAGGGCUAAACAAGCAGCAACCAGCACUUGCAGUUCCCAUGUCCUGGAAAAAAACUGUGCAACACAAUGCAUGUCCUCCCUUGGUACUCCCCCUUCAACUCUCUCUUCCAGACGAACUAAAAGAUGCCUUCUCCUUUUUCUCCGAGUCUUUGAAGAAGCGCAGCAAGGGACCUUAUCCUACAUCUUGAUAAGAAAUUAGGAUAUCACGAUUUUCUAGCAUCUGUAGAUAAGAUGUGCACCCUUUGCCAUUUUAACUUUUAGGCUCCUUGUAUCGUUUGUCAACAUUUCUUUUUGAUGAACUUAAUUAAGGGUGACAUCAAAUUGUCCAAGGACAUGGGUUGUUUACUUGCUUCUGAGUUCCAAUAUGGCAUCUUAAUUCUACCAUGUUCUUUCUUGGUGGUUUGUUGAACUUGGACGGCCUAUUGAAUGAUGAUUGAUUUAGCUUGACCCGUGCA